CGAUGGUCCUUGUAGUAGCUUCCAACUCGCAGAGAGAGCGCAGUAACCAGCUGCAGAUCGUUUUGAUCGAGACAUUGGAGAGAGGAGGGAGAUAGACUUCUGUUGAGCCUGAAGAAUCAAGGAGAGCCCUCGUGCUUUGCGUGACAUUUAGAACAAGUUAGAAAAAACAUCAAAGGUUUCUAAAAGAUAGAACAGCCCUCUCAGCCCAUCCCUGUAGCCACAGGACCAUGUGCCAGUGAUGACUAGCUGUUGUAUCCCAGAGGCCCACCUUGGCAGUUAGAGGAAAGGCUCCGCCCCCAUCACCAUGACAGCAGCGUUGCCACGGAACGCUGCCCCCCUGUCUGUGCCUGGCCUGUUGCUCCUCCCCCUGCUUCUGAUGCCCCUCCCCAUCGCACUGUCCCAGAAACCCAUGCUGCCCUCCCCGCCCGCCCCCCACGCCCGCCCCCAGUACCUAUCCCGGCCGGAGUGUACCCGGAGAGAACACCCUGUGGUCACCUUCCAAGCCCUGAGUCCUUGGAUCACUAUAUUCUCCCACCCGGAUGUGAGAGACUACUCUCAACUGACCCUUGACCUGACCAGGAAUGAGUUGAUAGUGGGGGCAAGAAACUUCCUCUUCAGAUUGAGCCUCAACAAUGUGUCUCUCAUCCAGGCAACGGAAUGGGGUCCAGACGAUGACACCAGGAGGUCCUGUCAGAGCAAAGGGAAGACGGAGGUGGAGUGUCAGAACUACAUCCGCGUCCUGCUGGUCAAUAAGACUGAGGUCAUUACCUGUGGAACCAACGCCUUCCAGCCCCUCUGUAUCACCCGGGAGGUUGGGAAUAUCAGUAGUGUGUUGGAUCGCGUGAAUGGCGUGGCAAGGUGCCCCUACGACCCUCGCCAUAACUCCACGGCGGUGGUGACGGAGAGCGGCGAACUAUAUGCCGCCACGGUCAUCGACUUCUCUGGUCGCGACCCUGUCAUCUACCGGAGCCUGGGGGGCAUGCCACCCCUCAGGACGGCCCAGUACAACUCCAAGUGGCUCAAUGAGCCCCAUUUCAUCUCAGCCUAUGAUGUGGGACUCUUCACAUUCUUCUUCCUGCGUGAGAACGCUGUGGAACACGACUGUGGGAAGACCGUCUACUCCCGGGUGGCCCGCGUCUGUAAGAACGACAUCGGAGGGCGGUUCCUACUGGAAGACACCUGGACCACCUUCAUGAAGGCCAGGCUGAACUGCUCGCGCUCCGGAGAGUUCCCCUUCUACUAUAAUGAGCUGCAGAGCACCUUCUAUCUGCCUGAACAAGACCUCAUCUACGGGAUAUUCACCACCAAUGUGAACAGUAUAGCAGCGUCUGCAGUGUGUGCGUUUAACCUCAGCUCCAUCACCCAGGCCUUCAAUGGACCCUUCCGUUCCCAGGAGAACCCCCGCUCUACCUGGCUGCCCACCUCCAACCCCAUCCCCAACUUUCAGUGUGGUACCAUAGAUGACGACGGCGGUCCUAACGAUGGUCUGACGGAGCGCAGCCUCCAGGACGCCCAGCGGCUGUACCUGAUGAACGACGUGGUGCAGCCCGUCUCUGUGGACCCCUUGGUCAUGCAGGAUGACGUGCGCUUCUCCAGGCUGGUGGUGGACAUCGUACAGGGUCACGACACUCUCUACCAUGUCAUGUACAUUGGCACAGAGUACGGCACCAUCCUGAAGGCUCUUGCGACCACCAAUAAGAGCCUUCAAGGGUGUUACCUGGAGGAGAUCCAGCUCUUACCCGCUGGGGUGCAGGAGCCAAUAUUGAGCCUGCAGAUCCUUCAAAGUGAUAGGUCACUGUUUGUAGGACUCAACAACAAAGUUCUGAAGAUCCCUCUGGAGAGAUGCUCCAACUACAAGACUGAGAUGCUAUGCCUGGAGGCCCGGGACCCAUACUGUGGCUGGGACAGGAAACAGAGGCAAUGCACCACCCUGGAGGAUAGCUCUAACAUGAGCCAGUGGAGUCAGAACAUCACUGUGUGUCCGCUGAGGAACCAGAUCACCAUUGGCGGCUUUGGACCCUGGGCAGCGUGGCAACAAUGCAGCAACGACGACGGCGAAGGCACCAGCACCUGUCUGUGUCGCUCCAGGGAGUGUGACAACCCUCCAGCUCGCUGUGGUGGGAGGAACUGUGAGGGGCCCACCAUCGAAGUCUCCAACUGUUCCAGAAACGGAGGCUGGACCCCCUGGUCGUCAUGGGGACAGUGCAGCACCACCUGUGGUACGGGGUUUGAGAUGCGCCAGCGCUCCUGCAACAACCCGUCGCCCCGUCACGGUGGUCGCGUGUGUGUGGGCCCCGUCAGGGACGAAAGGUUCUGUAACGAGGGUGUGUCAUGUCCCCAGCCUAUCUUCUGGUCCCCGUGGGGUUCUUGGACUAAGUGCAGUGCUGAGUGUGGAGGUGGGGUCCACUCCAGGGUCAGGAGCUGUGAGAAUGGGAACAGCUGCCCAGGCUGCGCACUGGAGUACAAGGCGUGUAACCUGGAGGCAUGUCCAGAGGUAAAGAGGAACACCCCCUGGACCCCGUGGAUGCCCAUCAACGUGACCCAGGGCGGGGCACGCCAGGAGCAGAGGAUGCGCUACAUGUGCCGCGCCCAGCUGGCAGACCCCCACGAGCUGCAGAUCGGACGACGCAAGGUAGAGACCCGCUUCUGCCCCAACGACGGCACGGUUGCCUGCGAGACCGACACUCUAGUGGAGGACCUCCUGAGGACCCCUGUGGUACGAGUGGCAGGCGCCGACUGGUCGUCAUGGGAGACGUGGUCCGCCUGCUCCCAGGACUGUGCCAAAGGGUACCGCACCCGCAAGCGCACCUGUACCACCCCAGAGGGCAAGGCUGCCCCGCCAGCCUGCAGGGGCUCACCCGUGGAGUACCAGGACUGCAACUCUCAGGCCUGCCAAGUGAGUGGAGCCUGGUCGUGUUGGUCGUCCUGGUCUCAGUGUUCAGUGCCCUGUGGUGGAGGGCACUACCAGCGUACCCGCUCCUGUAACAACCCCAGCCCUGGCAACGGAGGAGAUAUCUGUAUUGGUCUACACACUGAGGAAGCGCUGUGCAACACACACACCUGUGAUGGCGGCUGGAUGGCCUGGUCUCUGUGGUCAGUGUGUGACAAUGCAGGGCUGCAGGUACGCAGCAGGGUCUGUGGAGCUCAAGGCUCAUCCCCCUGUGUGGGAAACAGCACCGAGCACAGGGAUUGCAAUGAGAUCCCAGUGAUUCUCCCUGCGUCUGGCUUUGAUAAGGACCAGCAAUGCGGAGCAUUCACCUCGCUGCACCUGAUAGCCACAGGCGUGUCCUGUUUCCUGGGGGCGGGCCUUCUGUCCUUUCUGGCCUACGUGUAUAGCCAGCGCUUCCACAAGCCCUCGCAGGAAUCCGCCGUCAUACACCCCACCACACCCAACCACCUCAACUAUAAGGGCAACACUACACCAAAGAACGAGAAGUACACGCCCAUGGAGUUCAAGGUAUUGUCACAGACUCUGAACAAGAAUAACCUGCUCCCAGAUGAGAGGUCUAACUUCUACCCAACGCCCCUGCAGCAGACUAACAUGUACACCACCACCUACUACCCCACAGCGCUGGGCAAAUAUGACUACAACAGGCCUGACUCCUCCCCUUCCCCCUGCAGGACCUAUAACAACAGCUGAGACACCCCGCCCCCAACCACAUGGCCCCCGGCACCGCCCACCCAGACUGAACUGAACUCCACCCCAAUCACAAUGGUGACAGAUGGAAUGGUGACUGAACCCAUCCAUUUUAGCUCCCCCCUCCUUUAUCCCAUGGUAUCUACCAAAUGGUGAGGGGGGUGUAAGGGUAUACCUGGAACAUACACUCUGUAGAGGUGCUGAUGCCUCCAUUAGACUCACUAAGUAGAGCCAGGAAUUUGAUCAUAGUUUGGGGUAUAUUUUGGGGGGUGUGAGUACUGGAUAUCACAGUGUCAACGUAGUGCUUCGGUGGAGAGAUAAAUGAUGAACUCUAUAAGACACUAUAAGCUACAGUAUGGAGUUGAACUACUUAUCCCUGUGGAACUUGACAACCUGAGCGCCUUACUGUAGGUGUUGUGUUGCUAUCCAGAGAGGCUAGAGUUGGCCAUAGGAGAAAACUCUCUUCCCUGGUCUGUCUGGUAACCUCUAUGAUUGAGUCUAUUUUUUAAAUUUAAUUUCUUUUUUUUACCUUUUUCUCCCCAAUUUUCAAUCUUGUCUCAUCGCUGCAACUCCCCAACGGGCUCUGGAGAGGCAAAGGUUGAGUCAUGCGUCCUCCAAAACAUGACUAGCCUAACCGCGCUCCUUAACACCACCACUAGCUUAACCUGGAGGCCAGCCACACCAAUGUGUCAGAGGAAACACUGUUCAACUGGGGAACGGGGUCAGCCUGCGGGAAUCUGGCCUUCCACAAGGAGUUGCUAGAGCGCGAUGAGCCAAGUAAAGCCCCAUCGUCCAAACCCUCCCCUAACCCGGAUGACGCUGGGCCAAUUGUGCGCCAUCAUAUGGGACUCCCGGGCCGUGGCCGGUUGUGGCACACCCCGGGAAUGAACCCAGGUCUGUAGUAACACCUCCAGCACUGCGAUGCAGUGGCUUAGACCGCUGCACCACUUGGGAGGCCUAUAAAUGAAUCUCUGACACCAACAUACCCUCGGUCUGCAGCAUCCAUCCCCAUGAUAAACACCUAAUUCUCCCAACAACAAAAGCAGUUACCCAGAACAACCCUACCAGCGCAUAUCAUUAUGUCUGUCCUUCAGUAUGGUGGAUGCGAAUCGGGAGGGAACAAAAAAAAGAACUAAAUUAAUUCAAGAGAUGAAGAGAUCAAUAUCAGUUCUAUUGUGUUUGGAGGUGGAUGGAUGCACUCAGGUCACCUCGCCUCAUCAAAUGACACGAGGAGGACAAGUACCUGGGACCUCAGCUCUGCUGUGGCGCCAUGUUUUUGGGUGGUACUAUGGGACCAGGGGAACAGAGGCACAUCCAGGAAUGGCAGCGUGUGAUCUGUUAUAGGAAAAGUGCCUACACUAGACCACAUAGAUACAGACAUACUCACUGCUGGAGAGAAUCUCCUAUCUGCUUAUGUCCAAACAAGGCCCACACCUCAGGCUGGCUGUGUUAUGUACUGUAUCGGUAUGUUCACAAAGGCAAUGUUUCCCAGGGAAUGAUCUGAACAUGGGCUAGAGAGAUGAGGUGUCUGACUGAAAUACAGUGGGAAUCAUCCAGCUUUGGGAUGCUUUGGGUAUACAAUAGAGAGGAUCAUGUGGAGUCAAAUUUGACUUUCUAUCACUUCUUUUUUAUGAUCAUAUAAAGACUUUUGGAAGGAAUUGCCUUGGUUCUAGAAUGGAAUGGAUGUAUUCUACUGAGUACUAUACCUACCUACCGCUCAGUGGUCAUAUUAAAUAUGGCCAGUGUGCAGAACUGGACUGCAACCGAUUUUAUAUGAUAUCAUACAAGGUGGGAUAAAAAAGAUAGUAGUGGGGCAUUUUUUUAUGAGGGAGGUUAUUUGUUUGAUGUUCAAGAGAGCAGUAGGAUAGGAGGAAAUCUUUUAUUUCACAAAUAAGGGAUAGCUGAUUCACUUUUGAGUUUCUCAUCGGUUUCACACCACAACAUAUAAAAAAAUCACAGCAGCUUAGUAGCCAAUAGGUGUCUGACAAAUGAAAGGAGAAUGUUGCUUUAUUACAACCACGUCUUUAUUUUUGAAGGCAUGUUAUAGAAGGGUCCAGACCUUUAUUUUUGUUGUUGCAAUUUCACUUGUUUUUGAGAAACAUACCCCAACCAGCGAGUCACAACCUCAUCCUCGUUGUGCAGUACGGGAGCUCUGAAAAAACAUGAACAAAUGCUCCAAAAACACUCAAAUCCUUUUAGAAACAGAAAACCUUCAGUAUAGUGAUGCAGGUCUUUAGAUAUUGUACACGUGAAAUUGUGUCAUUCCGAACUUUAUCCGCAACAUUAUAUUCCAUUUUGUGCAACUCAAGCUGUUUCCCCUAUCCAACUGUUCCAUUCUCCUAGUGGCCUACUGCUAAAAUGGACAGAGAGGUAUCAUUCGUGUUGCAACAAAAUGGAACAUAACGUUGCGGAUAAAGUUCGGAAUGGCACAAUUUCAUGUGUACAACAUCUAAAGACCUGCAUCACUAUACUGAGAGGGUUCCUGUUUCAAAAAAAUAUUUUUGGAGCAUUUGUUCAUGUUUUUUCAGAGCCCCGUACUGCACAACAAAGAUGAGGAAAUGACUUGCUGGUUGGGGUAAGUUAACUAAAAUAAAAAGUGAAAUUGCAAAAAUAAGUGUCUGGACCCUUGUAUAAUACUCCAAUUCAGUACAUAUAAAAUUGAGAUUUGGUUGUAAAAACACACACUAUUCUCCUUUAAGAUUUUACAAAAAUAAAAUAAUGUAGAAGCAAAUAUUCAGACCGACUGUAGCGAAUAUCAAUGUGUCCCUCUCUUUACAAUGUUAAAUCAUGCUUAAAAUGCUUUGGUAUGAGAUUGUUGUUGUGUGCGUGUGUUUGCAUGUGUGUGUGUGUGUGUGUGUGUGUGUGUGUGUGUGUGUGCGCGCAUGUUGGCGUGUGUGUGUUUGCUUGCUUCGUAUGUGUAUGCCUGUGAGAGUGAAUGAGGAGAGGAACAGACAACUGUAUGUAUUUUGUACAAUGUAAAUGUCAUUCUUUCUUACAUAUGACUGUGUAUAUAAUGGGAUCUGUAAAGGGGUAUGUGCAUUUUUCCCACACAUUAUGAUGAUAGCACUCCUAAUGUUCCACUGGGUUUCCAUAUGUUCAAUGUAUAAGAUGAUAAUCAUUGUAAGUUAACGAGAGCUGCGCAGUUCUCAUAAGGAAACACUAUUUAUAGUGAAGCUUGGAUCAUAAAGGGCAUUUCAGAAACAGAACUGAGCUAUAUUUUAUUAUUAUGCCCGCUCUUAAAAUGAAUGCUAAUUUAGCAGCAAUGCUUUCAGUUCCACUCAUAGAAAUGGUAUGAUUCUAUUCUAUCGUUCUAAUUCUAUAGUUCCGUUAUAUCCACGAGAGCUCUAUCUGUACAUAAGAGACAGCCUUCGAUCUGCAGAGCAUUAAUGACAUCUAAAGGUUAGUAUAAUGUAAAUGUAUAUUGUUGUAUAGCUAACACUGUUUAAAAUUUUAAAAAGCCUUAGUUGAAAAAAAUUAAUAAAAAGUGCAGCAGCUAUGUACUCACCAACCAUGGGGUUUGUAAGGGGAUAGAGUUUGUCAAUGUGACUGGUUGAUUACGGCCUGGACAACUUCUCCAGCUGUUUUGUAACUUUCUAUAGAUGUACAGUUUGUCCAGAUCCUAUGUAGUAUCUUAAUCCCCGUUUAUACCUGGUGCUAACAUACAUGCCUUGUCCUGAUUGUGUCCACAUCCUGAUUGUGCCAACAUAUGCAGACAGGUAUAGAUGAUCAAAAGACACAUUAUGAUCUGAUUGUGAUUAGAUCUUACUGACCACCUCUGGAGGUAGUCAGGGACUCAUUCUGUCUGGCUAUCUCACAAGUCUCUGGACAGUGAAAUCAUAAUUAUAUUGCCUUCUAAAAGAAUUGACAUGUGUCUUAAAAUAAACAAAUAAAUAUUAUUUUGAAAGAAAUCCAUCAAAUAAUUUUCAUACAGUGAGGGACCAUGAAAUCUGGUCACAGUGCGGACACGGUGGAUGAAUAAGGCUGUCUGUCUAAACGCAGCCUUAUUCAUCCACCGUGAUACGGAUUUAGUUUUUUUUACAAAAAAUGUUCACCAGGUAUAAAUAAGGUUUAGAGUAACAAAGACAGCCUGUCCUUUUAGAAGCACUCGUGCCAUUUUAAUACAAAAUAUCACCACAACAGUUUAAAAAACAUAAACAUUUUAAAUGAACAAGAACAAGACACAGAAAAUGGUGAGUAGUGUAUAGUAACAGUAUUACGAUAGUCCAUUGACUAGAUCAAAGUAAUUCAGCUGUUUUAGAGGAUUUACAGCAACCCCUCCACCCAGUGGUUUUCCUUUUCCCCACUUGCCUGACCCACAUUUUUGGGUUUGUGAUUGGCUCCCCCUAAAUGAUGACUCCCUUUGAUUGUCUUCCUCUGGCCCUGUAGUAAUAUUUGAUUGGGCAAGCUGGAUGUCACAUUGUGAAUCUUUGUCCCCUGAUUGGCUCGGUGCCCUUCUAUGCAACUGACCUGGUGGUACUAUUAGAUAUGUGAUGUAGACUGUAAUCACUGCCUUUUAGACACUGUGAAUUUUUUGGUACUCUAUAUUUUUGUAUAUUGUACAUUAUAAAGGAUAAUAAACCUUGAUGCCAACA